GUGCACUCAGUGUCGUAUCCAGGAAGUCGUCUGUGGUUGCCAAGCAAACUUUUGCAUGAAAGAAAACUGCUCUGUGUGUAAAAUGCUCAGACUUUGUUUCUGUCGACAGUUUCCAGUAACAGGACAUAUAUUUUGUAACCGUAAAAGAUGAGUUGCUGUCUUGGCUCUGUGCCCCAGGAGGUCCGACCUGGUAGAGCACGAGUCCAAAUGACAGAGCUGGGAGAAUCAGGUAAAAUCAACCCAACUCCAAAACCAUGUGAGGAUUCUGAUACAGCAGUGGAUGUUUAUAUCUCUCCAGAAAAGCUGGAGUGGUUGUGUGGAACUCAGGACCUAUCUCACGUGACCUCGCUGGAGAUCUGGGUCGACACACGGGAAAACACUAUGUGUAACUUUGGUGCCUACUUGCCCAAGCUGGUGCAACUGAAAAUGAACAACAGCGUGCUUACGUCAGUAAGAGACCUGGGAACCACCCUCUCCCACCUGCAAGUUCUGCAUAUGUCAUCCUGCUCCCUGCAAGAUUUGGAUGGCAUUUCUAUUUUAUCCACCCUAAAGGAGUUGUACGUGGACUUUAACAACAUUUCAGACCUGAGUCCACUUGGGAUGCUGGAGAACCUGGAGUUGUUGGAUCUGGAAGGGAACAAUGUGGAUGAUCUAGUCCAGAUUCAGUAUCUGGGAUUGUGUGCCAGACUCCAGACACUUACCUUAGAGUUAAACCCUUUGUGUGAGCGCCCCCACCACACUACCACCCAGACGGCAGACUAUAGUUAUCGAAUUGCAGUGAGGGAGUUGAUCCCUCAGCUGCGUUACCUAGACAAUUCACGGGUGGAGGAGGAGGGGCAUAGCUACACCAGCACCAUGGGACAGGAGAGGGCUGUUCUCCGAGACUCCAUCAGAAACUUAAAUUCCUCCCUGGCUGCUCCUGAAGACGAGGAAACAGUGGACAGUGCAGGUGCUUACAGCAGACCCAACUCAGCCAGACGCCCAGCUUCCAGCCUCUCCUGUGUCCGUCCCCUGUCGUCAAUGAGCUCCAGGCCCCUCUCUAGCUCCAGACCCAUGUCAGCGAACAGGCUUGGAGUUCUUUCUCCUUCUGGAUCUAGACCAGGCUCUGCUGACUCUGAUCUAUCAGCAGUGGAUGCAGAAACCAGCACCCUAACGCAUGGAGCUGGCAAAAUCUUGUUUUGUGGAAACCCGGUCCAAGCUAUUCGGGCCAGGCGAGAAAAAAUAAGGACAGCACCUACCAAGUCUGCCCUCACCCCUCAUAACCUGCCCAUGCACGUACCAGAACACACGUAUGACUUUGAGGAGUCAGAUGUGGGAGGACAUGUUGAUGUGUUUGCUGAGCUGAGAGCUUGGAGGGAGCAGCACAGCAGGCGUCUCCAGUCCAUAGAGACAGAAAAACGACCACAGGUUCUAGCUAUUCAGUACAGUGAUGAAGAAGAGAGGGGAUAUGAUGAUGAAGAGGAAAGCUCUGGUUGUAGAAGGAGCGACAGUAGUGAUGAAGAAUCUAGUGAGGAGACAUGUGGCGACAGCCUAGAUACUAUCUCUUCAGGUUCCUCCUUCCAGUCUGUUUCCCCAGGCCUGCAUCACAGAGGUGCCUUGUCCCCUGAAGUAGCUUGGUUGUCCCUGUCCCCCUCCCUGUUCCCUUCUCCCCCUCUCAGUGCCACAGCAGCUACCUGCAAUCAGAAUCCACCAGGGAUCCGUGCACGGAGGUUACGACUCAACCAGACCAGUUCAGAGCCUUUGCAUAAUUUCAGUAGAGUAGGGGCCUCCUCAGAUACAAAUCUGUCACCUGAGGCCUUUCAGAGGCUGGCCAGGACAGAUGUGACAGUGUUGCCUCAACCUGCACACAAACCUCGCCCACCUCCAACAACUUCUCUCGAUAGAGGGGUCACUGAUUUAUGUGCACAGUCUGGCAACAAGCAUCUCCAAACUUCGACAAAACCCAAAGUCCUGGAAAGACUAGCAAUAACCCGCCGACACACAGCCAGAGCAGCUCUACAGAAACAUCAGCAGCACCACUUGCUCAAGCCCUGCAGAGGGAGCUCACACCCUGAUUGACAUCACGCUGGGUAGAUGUUUGGCUGCCUUGCCACUUUAGUAAGAUAAAUCUGUGGCAGCAUGGAGGACCUUGGGAUGGACCUUAUCUGAACAUUAGUUACAACAUGUAUUGAAAGUGUUUUGAUUAGCUCUUGUUUUUGUCUUUUUGUUUGAUCAAAAUAAAGUUAUUGUAGCAUUCCCAUGCACACAUCCAUAA